AGAAGACUGAGUGCUGAUUGGCUGCUGAGAGGGGCGUGCGGCUGUGACGUGUAGCGGAGAGGAAAGAUGGCGGCGGUGACCAGAGGCUCGUUCAGUGCGCUCAGAAGGCUGCUGAGUCAGCAGUACCGCUGCAGAUGUUUCCGGCUGCAGAACUUCAGACCUGAGCGGACUCUGCACACGCCCCCUUUCACAUGUGACAGGAACCUCCAGAUGCUCAGCAGCAGGACGCUGCACACUGCUGCCGUGAGUCGAGGACCCAUCGUCCAGUUCAAACUGUCAGACAUCGGAGAGGGGAUCAUGGAGGUGACGGUGAAGGAGUGGUACGUGAAGGAGGGCGACAAAGUUUCUCAGUUCGACAGCAUCUGUGAGGUUCAGAGCGACAAGGCGUCGGUCACCAUCACCAGCCGCUACGAUGGAGUCAUCAGGAAACUCUACUAUGACGUGGACGCCACCGCCUUGGUGGGAAAACCGCUGGUGGACAUUGAAACCGAGUCCGGCUCAGAGGUGAUCCAGGAGGAGGACGUGGUCGAGACACCGGCGAUGGCUCGAGAAGAACAUACCCACCAGGAGAUCAAAGGUCACAAGACCCAGGCCACGCCCGCCGUGAGACGCCUCGCCAUGGAGAACAACAUAAAGCUCAGUGAGGUGGUGGGGACCGGUAAAGAUGGACGGAUCCUGAAGGAGGACAUCCUGAACUUCCUGGCGAAGCAGACGGGAGCCAUCUUGCCUCCAACCCCGUUCCAGGAGAUCCAGACUCCGGGUCCGGCUCUGGCCCCAGGCUCCCGCGCCACCAGGCCCAUGAGCACUCCGGCAGUGACCAAACCUCCACCCACCACACCCAAACCCGUCUUCACCGGGAAGGACGUCACCGAGCCGCUGAAAGGUUUCCAUAAAGCGAUGGUGAAGACGAUGUCGGCGGCGCUGAAGAUCCCUCACUUUGGUUACUGUGACGAAGUCGACCUGAGCCGCCUGGUGGCUCUGAGAGCUGAACUCAGGUCUGUGGCUGAAGGUCGCGGUGUCAAACUGAGCUACAUGCCCUUCUUCAUCAAGGCUGCCUCCCUCGGCCUCCUCCACUUCCCCAUCCUGAACGCUUCGGUGGACGAAGGCUGCCAGAACAUCACCUACAAGGCGUCUCAUAACAUCGGCUUAGCCAUGGACACCAAUCAGGGUCUGCUGGUUCCGAACGUGAAGAACGUGCAGCUGCUCAGUGUGUUCGAGAUCGCUCAGGAGCUGAACCGGCUGCAGGCGCUGGGGUCCACCGGUCAGCUGGGAACCUCAGACCUGACUGGAGGAACCUUCACCCUGUCCAACAUCGGAUCAAUCGGGGGGACGUACGCCAAACCGGUGAUUCUCCCCCCUGAGGUCGCCAUCGGAGCGCUGGGAAAAAUCCAGGUGCUGCCUCGGUUUGGCGCCGGCGGUCAGGUGAUCCCGGCUCACAUCAUGAAGGUCAGCUGGUCAGCGGAUCAUCGCAUCAUCGACGGAGCCACCAUGUGUCGCUUCUCCAACCUGUGGAGGGAGUACCUGGAGAACCCAGCCAGCAUGGUGCUGGACCUCAAAUAGACUCAACAUUUCCCAUCAGCCCCGGGGAGAAUGGAGACGCCACACUAACUCUCACCCCCUCCCACCCCAACCCCGUCUUCCUGUUGGAGGCCUUCAAUCGCUGUUGUGUCCUCGUUGCCUUAGGGGGCGGGCUCAGCCUGUCAAUCAUGUU